UUCAGGUCUUCUCCCUCUUUUAUCCAGAGCUUGUGGCCCCAUGUUCUCAGAGCGACUCCGAGCCGAGGAGCGUCACAUGCCACCAUGACCGUCCCGCCACACCGCAUCCUCCUCCUCCUCCUCCUCCUCGUCCCCCUCCUGCUCCUCACCGCCGAGGCCAAACGCCAGCCGGGCCAGGAGAAGCCCGAGAAGCCCCGCCAGCCGCCCCCGUCGCCCCCGCCCACCUCCAGGAGGCCCCGGAACCGCUCGGUGCCCGGCUCCGGGGAGCUGACCACCAAAGAGGGCCACCGCUGCACCUGGCAGACGUCCGGCGAAGGUCUGGUGAGCCUGCUGGUCAACUGCAGCGCCGAGACCGAGGGGGAGCUGCAGAGGUACUGGUGCCGCUACGCCGGUAAACCCGACCUGUGCCAGGCCUACGGCGUGAAAUCCAGCCAGUACUGGAAGCAGCUGGUGGGGAAGCUGAAGAAGAGGCAGCACGCCUGCGACGGGGAGAAGGUCCUGAAGGCCAAGACCUGCAAGAAGGCGCCGGCCGAGGCCCACAUGAAGCUGGCCCAGCGCAGCGGCGAGGACGAGCGGCGGGCCGGGAAGAAGAAGGCCGGAGGGGGGGGGGGAGCCGGCAAGGCGGAGAAGAGGAAGAAGCAGGAGGAGGAAGAGCAGGAGGAGAAGAAGAAGCUGGAGGACAGGACUGGCUUUGAGGACGAGGAGGGGCUGCUGAACGACAUGGCGCCGGUGCAGAGCUACUGCGGCGAGGGCUGGCACUCCGUCUGCUCCUUCUUCGUCCGCUUCUUUGAGGGCUGAGGAG